AGCGAUCAGUUGAGUGUUGGCCGCGGACCCCAGCUGACGACGUCUCUCGUUGCGUGGAUAUCUUCCUAUGGCGCUUCAGAAUCGUCGUCUUGGACUACUUAUUUGUCGCGGUAUUUUGGGGAUUUGACUUCAAUUGUCGACGACUAGUUUUGCCAUUUUCGCGUUCAGACAUUCGACCGUCACGGGAAGUGGAACUGCCCAGUGUUGUCAGCUGUGGACAUAUGAGUGUGCGCGUGCCGUUCGAAAUCAUCACCACAAUCAUCGACGAGUGGCAAAACGGAGCAGUUCAUUGAAGAAAGCAAAAUAAGCGUCUGAUCGUGUCUGGCGUGUGAUAUACAUAGAGAUUUGCAUAUCUGUGGCGCGUUGUGGUGUGUAUAGCGGAUCAGUGUCACUGCUCUUUCUCUCGCUGUGUGUCUGUCUGGCUGGCUGCUGCUGCUGCUGAUAAUCGACAACGGCGACGCGCAAAAUCUCUUACAGGCCACAACGCUCCGAACGUGAUCAAGUGACCUGGCGCAAUAGUUUGGUUCGAGGGUCCUCGAACAGAGCAUUGAGUCCAGUUUCGGCGUGUCGAAGGAAGGUGUUACGUCAAGUCAUGCAUAGUGGUUGACCUACCAGCAGUCUAGCCGAUAAUUGAUGUAUUACAGAAACUCAUAACUCUGACGUUGGAGCUGCAUCGCGGGUCCAUCAAUCAACGAGUUCGCCGCUUUUGUUUCACUCCUCAUGGUAGCAGUAAACCACGCAGAAUGAGUCAAUACUAUUUUCCGAUCGUUUUGGUGUUCCUACUAGAACUACUACGGCUUGCUCAAUCUCACCCGUUUAUCUUUAGUUCGUCCAACCCAAACCAACGACGGCCGCAGGUCGAGUGGCAGCAGCCAGAGGAUACCUGGAAUAUACAAUCGGUACCUCGAAGUGUCCAUCCGCUUCUUCAAAAUCAACACAACGAUCAUCGGUUACCACCGACUAGCUACCAAAUAAUCGACUCGGAUAAUCACGAUGAUAAAGUCCUGAAGCGGUUGAUGGAGAUCAAAGAGAAUGCUACCGCUCGGACGCUCUUCUACCACAACAAGGAAGAAUCACAUCUGCCACCUCUGCUCACGAAAACUAUAAAGUACUUCAACCUGCAGCAGGUUGCCUUUGAACUGGAGACGAGCGUUAUGUCGCAAGUUUCCUGCACUGCGUGCAAAGCUGGCGCAGGACUACUUCAACACUACAUCAAAUCCGGCAAAAGUAAAGAAGAAAUCAUCAAAACCAUCUACCAAUACUGUGUAAACCUCAAAAUACAAUCGCCUCGUGUUUGCGAAGGUGUAAGCCAACUCUUCGGAGGGGAAGUCAUCUACGUCCUGAAGCGAGUUACCAUUGGUCCGGACGAAAUCUGUAGUUUCAUCAUCGGAGACGCCUGUGGAGAUAUCUACAACCCAUACCACGAAUGGGAAGUGGACUUUCCUCCCGUGGCAAAACCUGAAGUCCGAGAGUUGGCACUUCCGCAGGAAGCCUCCUCCGUGUUCAAGGUACUGCACCUUUCCGACACUCACUACGAUCCUUACUACGCAGAAGGUUCCAACGCUGACUGCAAUGAACCCCUAUGUUGUCGGCUCACCAACGGACGACCCACCACUCCAAACGGUGCUGCCGGCAAAUGGGGAGACUACCGGAAGUGUGAUACCCCUCAGCGAACAGUCGAUCACAUGCUGAAUCACAUUGCCGAGACUCAUUCGGACAUAGACUUCAUCAUUUGGACCGGAGAUCUUCCACCACACGACGUUUGGAAUCAGACCAAGGAAGAGAACCUCAAAGUGCUCAAGGAAACUGUGAAGCAGAUGUCCGAGAAGUUUCCCGGUAUUCCGAUCUUUCCGGCACUUGGAAACCACGAGAGUGCUCCUGUUAACAGUUUUCCUCCACCGUACGUGCAACAGGUUGAUAGCUCGAUCGCCUGGCUGUACGAUGAGCUGGACGUCCAAUGGCGACGGUGGUUACCUGCCAGCGUAUCGCAUACCGUGCGGCGUGGUGCAUUCUACUCGGUUCUAGUCCGACCUGGUUAUCGGAUCAUCUCACUCAAUAUGAACUACUGCAACAAUAAAAACUGGUGGUUGCUGCUAAAUUCCACCGACCCGGCGACGGAGCUACAGUGGUUCAUCUACGAACUGCAGAGUGCCGAAUUUGCCAACGAAAAGGUUCACGUGAUAGGACAUAUUCCACCGGGACAUUCGGACUGUUUGAAGGUUUGGAGUAGAAAUUACUAUAAAAUUAUUUCUCGCUAUGAAAGCACAAUCGUAGCACAGUUCUAUGGACAUACGCACUUUGAUGAGUUCGAAGUGUUUUACGAUCCGCAUGAUUUGAGUAGAGCUACCAGUAUCGCCUACAUUGGGCCUUCGGUAACACCAUACAAUGAUUUGAAUCCGGGAUACCGGAUUUACUAUAUUGAUGGAGAUCAUGAAGAUACCACGAGGUUGGUAGUUGAUCACGAGUCCUGGAUAAUGAAUCUGAAGGAAGCCAACCUGUACGAUUAUCCAAUUUGGUACAAACUGUACUCAACCCGAGCGGCCUAUGCAAUGCGGGGGCUUCGACCGACUGAUUGGGACGUACUGAUUCGCAAUAUGACCGAUAACAAGGAGUUAUUUGACCUGUACUACAAACACUACUGGAAAAACUCCCCGGUCCGGCCGGAGUGCGACUACGAGUGCCGUAAGCGGAUAUUGUGCGACGCCAAGAGUGGCCGAAGUCACGAUCGGAAGUACUUCUGCGAGGACGUUGAGGCCAAGAUCGACGAGAACAAUAAGGGCUGGAAGGAGUGGAUCUUCAGUUCGAUCACUUCUUCGCUAUCCUACGCGCUGUCAGGUUUGACGCGGAUUUUCUGGCGCAAACGAUGACACGACGAAACUGAACCGAUGAAUAGCAGUACCAACUGACUAGACCAGAUCACCAAUAGAAGAAGGCCAGCAUUACCUCCUAAUUGAUAUUAGAAACUUGACUUCAGUGAAAGCUCACCACAGUACCGCAGCGGCGGCAGUGUUUGCAGCAACUGGUCGACCCCGAAACCGCAGCUGCAGAAGUACGUGUGUGUGCCUGCGUGCAGUCUACAUCUAGGGGAAAAAAUUGAAGCGACGCGAGAGACAGAAACAUGCCAUUGAAUAAAAGUGUUCAUCCAGACUUGAUAGAAAAUCCAUGGGACGUUAUGGGAGACAGGAUUGUGAUAGGCGAGAACAAAACUCAAUUAGCACGAUGAAAGACAGCUGAAACACUAAAUGCAGACAAAUUGUGAAGGAUAAUUCCUUGAUACUUAACUCGUCUGUUUUAUUAGUUACAACAAAGUCAAUUGAAAGCAAUGCAUCAAUCAAAUGAAAAUGUAAAUAUCAUUUAA